GGAGCACAUGGCCCAACAUCGUCCCAGAGCAGGCAGUCUCAGUCUGUUUUGAUCCUGUCCGCUAGUGGGUGUGUCCAUUGAUCCGCGGAGAUCUAGUGACUCGAGUGUGUGGUCAAUAGUGCUGCCUUACAGAAGGACUGUCAUCGUUCAACGGGUCGCUUUUGUCCGUCUACGAGCACAAACAAAGCGGAUGAUCUCGAUCGCUGAGGGUGAUUUCGUUCCGUCGAAAUUUUUGGUUAGGGCCCCACCCACCCCUAGAGGAUGGACCAGGACAUAAACUACGCCGCGCAAUGUCUCCUGGCCAUGUUCCACUCGCGAGACGAGAACUAUAGACCUCUGGACUUGACGAGACACCCCGUGAAGGAGCGUCAGUUGCCGCAGAGAUCAGAACCCACCCCCGGAACGGAUCGAUCCCGCGGGCCUCCAGUCUACAUGGUGGCCAGGAUACUCACGGACUUGACGGAGAUCAAGCAGGAGCCCGUGCCCAACGUUCCCGACGAUGACGAGCUUUACGAGGACGACAUCGAGGAGGAGACGGUGGAGGUGGACGUGAUAUCGCUGGAGGGCGAGAGGACCGUGGGGGCGGAGCCCGCAGUGCUCAGGAAGGUCCAGGAGACCGUGUUCAGGAAGAGUCACAAGUGUGGGCAUCCCGGGUGUACCAAGGUGUACGGCAAGAGUUCCCACCUCAAGGCACACCUCCGGACACACACAGGAGAACGACCGUUCCCAUGUCGGUGGCUGGACUGUGGGAAACGGUUUGCACGUUCCGACGAGUUGGCACGGCACCUGCGUACUCACACAGGAGAGAAGAAUUUCGCCUGUCCGGUGUGCAGCAAGAAGUUUAUGCGCAGCGACCAUCUGAGCAAACAUGCCCGUCGUCACCCCAACUUCGACCCAACAGUGCUGCGGCAGCGGAGGCCUCCUGUGAAAGCCUUCUCUGUUAACUCGAGUGACGGGACGCCAUCGGAGCACUCGAUCCCAUCCCCGUGAGUGCACUGCCUCGAUUACCGCAGCCGAUCAUGCAUAUCAACCCUCACUUCGUCCAAUCUUACCUUACCAGGAGCUCAGAACCUAGUCUCAGAUUCCGGCCAUUACGAGUAUAUCAGAUGUGGCCCCAGUUUUAAUAUCUCGAGCACCGCUGCAGAAGGUGGUGUGACUUAAGCUUUAAACGGUGAUAGUGGUUAACGAUAGUAACUUAAGUUGUCUUCAAGUGCAAAUAAAUAUUAACUAAUAAAACAGUUAACACCUCAGCCAUCCAGAUUUAGAGGAACAUUUGUUCAAAAGUUGAACAUGUAGAAGUAAGAAUCAGUACCAGUAAAGAAAAUGCUCUUGCUUUGCAUAUCUUUGUAUAUACUUUGUACAACAACGUUUGUAUAUUAAACAUUUAAAUUUUGUAAUCGUUUCUAUAUUAGUUGUUUUAUACUGUGACUCAUGAAAUCAUGCUCACUUUUAUUUACUUAUUGAUAAUUUAUGUAGUGAUAUCCUUUUUCUUUGUAUGUAUUUUUGGAUUGGGAUAAAGUCUAUGAAAGUAAUAUUGUCGAGAUAAAGCAAUUAAGUUCAGGUAUUUUACUGUAAUAAGCAAAUACGUUGGAUUAUUAUUGAAAAGACAAAAGUAUAGCACACUCUAGUGCGGUUUGUACAGUGGUGCUUUUAACAACCUCUCAAAUGCAAGGUGAUACAUAAGAGUACACAGUAACCAUUAAGAUCUUUAACUAAGAAAGUUCCAAGAACUGUUUUCCUAAAGGAACCAUAGAUCAUCCACUACAAAUCAUAAAGGUACAUAUUUUAGUUUUUGUUUCUUCGGUUAAGUUUUGAUGAUUGUAAAACCUUGUUCCUUAACAUUCUUAGGAUAAAACCUAUUGGUUUCGGAAUAAAUUCUAAAGUAUAAGACUGUGCGAAAUGGAUAAGUUAGAGUAAGAAUAAUACAUGUGCAAUCAUUCGUUCAAGAAAUGGAAAUAAAAUGUUAUGUUCAUUUAAAUGAGUAAAAAUAAAAUAUUUUUAAAUUAAUAAGUGUUCAGUAUGUUUAUUAUUUUCAUUACAAUGAUGUUUUUUAUCAGUUAGCAACAAAAAUUGCCUAGGAAAAAUAUAAUUACAAUCCAUGUUAUGGCCGAUUAACCCAUCCAUGACUAGGCAGUAUGAUGCCUGAUUAACCCAUCCAUGAUUAGGCGGUAUGAUGCCGAUUAACCCAUCCAUGAUUAGGCGGUAUGAUGCCGAUUAACCCAUCCAUGAUUAGGCGGUAUGAUGCUGAUUAACCCAUCCAUGAUUAGGCGGUAUGAUGCCAAUUAACCCAUCCAUGAUUAGGCGGUAUAAUGCUGAUUAACCCAUCCAUAAUUAGGCGGUAUGAUGUGAGGAGUUUACAUGGAAACUAAAGAUAAAGGAAGCAAGAUAAGAUAAAGAAGAAGAUAAAUGGGUGAUGGGUUAGGAUGUUGGCUCCUACACCUCUUUUAAUUCACCCAACUUUCACACUGAUGCAGGUAAACAGACAACCUGGCCGGCGUAGUCUGUGCGGCUGUAGUGGUCAUCUUAGUGAACAAAAUGUUUUUAAAGCAGAGUCCGAUCCCUUUUACGUCUUAUUCUGCCCGUCCUCAUGGGCCACUGACCUGUGCGAGAAUCUUAUCAAACAGGAUGGUAAUGACAAAAAGUGCUUCGAUCACAGGCAGAAUUAAACUUGUGCUAUCUCUAACAUAGACCCAAAGUCCAACGUCAGACCGUUUGGCCAUCGGCACUGUAAAAUUCUAAGUAAGCAGCCAAGAUGUUAGGAUCUUAACUAAAACGAUCUUACUCACUCUUGAAAUGAUCAGAUCGUGUUACAGCUAUUAUUCAUGAUAAGAUGAUAGCCUUGAUAUAUUUUUUAAAACAGAACUAAUUUUAAUCAGUGGUUAUCUUGAUACUGUGCAAUCUUCAUAUCAUUCAGCAGUAGACAUCUGAAGUAUAGCCUACCUUCCUCUAAUUCAAAGGCGUAGCAUGUGGGAGGGGGGUCCAAGGGGUCUGGAACCCCCUAAACUUUCAAUUACUUUUUUAGUAAACAAUUAUUAUUAUUUAAAUAAUUCAGUAUUACUGACAUGCACUGCUGAAAGAUCGUUCUCAACAAAGAAACGGGUCAAGAACUUUCCAAGCAACAAAAUUAGGCCUUACUUUCUGUCCACUACGAAAAAAUAUCAAUUGUCUGGACCCUCCCCCUCAAUUUUUUCCUUGCUACAUUCUUGCUCUGAUCUGUCUAAUUCUUGUGCAAAUAAUUCUAAUCUCAACAUGAAUAACUACCUAAUUUAGGACACAGAGUCCAGCCAUGGAACUCUUGCAGAGUUCAAAGCUGUUCUACACUACCCCUUCUCAUGUAGGUACUUUAACCCUUUCGGUCCCAACAACCGUUUAUUAUACAGACAUUUAUAAAACAACUGUUUUAAAAUAUAGAACAUAGCGAAACUUUUAUUUUCGCUGUACCAAUGCUACCAUAAAAAAUCAAUCUUUCUCAUAAUGUAGUAAAUUAAACUUCAUACAAUAUUUAAAAAUAUUAUUGAACAUACAAACAGCAGUGUUGCAAAUUUCUUUGCUUUCUCUGUGUAAAUCACCUCUAAAUGACACCUAACUAUGACAGUUAAUUGUUGUGAGUAUUGCAUUGUUUGACUGCUUUAUUUAAUUAUUUUUAGCAUUAUUCUUUACAUUUCUUUCACAUCAUUACGUUUUUAUUUAAUAUUAGACCAACUUUUUCUGACAAACAAAACAGUUUGUAGAAAUUUUGUUUAUUUAUGACAAAUUUAUGAAAUUUGAUGUGCUUAUUCACUUUUACUUUUAUGUGAAAUGGUAAGUGCUCAUUGAUUUAAAAAAAAAUACCUCUUACAUUGUCAAAAGAUUGUUGAAAAAGGCAUUUUAGGUAAGUUAUUGCAAAACUUUUACUUUUUUAUUGUGUAUACCGGUAGUUUAUUUUAAAAAUCAAUAUUCUUUACAUUUAUUAUAUUUCAUGCUGAAUAAGAAAACUAAAUCUUAAAAAUCGGUCGAAAAAUAAGAAGUGAAUAGUUUUUUCCGAAUGUCUGAAAAACGAGCCAUAAUAGUUCUGAAGUUUUAGCAGAUAACUUGCAUUUAAUUGCUGGCAUUUUAAGUAGAUUUAUUUUUUGAAGUUGCUGGAAUCGAGAGGGUUAAGAGUGAUCACCAUUAAGAGUAAGGCCAUUCUAAGCUCGAACAAUUUUCCUCUCAACCCUCUUGGAAAAGGAUAUUUAACUACGAUAGUCAUAGAUGAUGACUUAUACAACCAAAACCUAACCACUGUGCUGCACAUGUGUCGGAAAAGCUUGUAGGCAUAUCCUACAGUAGCCUAAACUCUUGCCGAACCUAAGAGCGUUUAGAGUAAUCCAGUUAUCCAAUGUACGUACACAAUUUCCUAACAUUUGUUACCAAGCACAAAACUGUGAUAAAGACGGGGAAGGAGAAAGAAAUUGACACAAAAGUUAGUGGUAAAUCACCACUAGGAUUUCAAAAGGUGUCUGAUCAAGAUAAAACUAAACACAGCCCAUCUUCUUUGGUUUGAAAUCGACCUUGAAAUCAAUGCCGAGGUAACGUCUUUUGUAAAAACAGGCAUCUGUGUAGUGGUGGUUUAACGCAGGGGAGGGCUGGAAACUCCUCAAAAGCCCUAAAAGGUUUUUUAAUUACACAUCUUAGCAAUACAACUUGUUUGAAAUAUAGCAGUUAAAUGUUUUAUUUUGAAUUAGGCCUGUCAAAUUUAUUUAAAUUCAGAUUUAUUCCAUUACAAACCUUCUUCCAAGGUAAACAUGGGAUAUGUAACUUAGUCUUUUUAACUUUGCUGGACAGGAUAGUAGACAAAAUAUGCAUUUGGACUUUUUAAAUCUAUGUAAUCAAAGAUAUUUUGAAAUGCUGCUACACUUGCUCUCUCGUCUGUAAAGUGAAAUUCGUUGAAAAAGUGUCCAUUUGUUCUUUUAUAAUUAUUGUGUCAUCAAAACUGUUUUAACAUUAGUGCCUAUUAAUACUCAAUUAAUUAGUCUUUUCUGGAUAGUAAGACCAUGUUGAAUGGUAAAUUAUGUUUACUUUUGUUUAACUGUACUCUACAUUCUACGAUAAUUCCUAAUUUUCUUAUAUGAAUAAAAUAUACUCUUUUACCAACACCUGUGAUCUCAUUUGGGAUUUUGCUAGACUGUGUGAAAUCUUUUGUACAUAUUGUUCUACAGUACUAUGGUAUGCUCUGUAGUUGUUAGCAGACACUUUAGAGUUUAUAUUUUAUUCUUGCCUGUGAAAAUAAUCUGAAUUUUAUGUAAGGACGUUUGUUUUCACAGCCAGUUAUAAAGUAUAGAGCUUACCCGAUUCAUUAUCCAUAAAGCUGAUGUUCUUAUUUCAGUAGGUAUUUUGGUGUUAGCCUUUUGUUGGAAUUUACGAGAUAAUGUAGAGCUUUGUAAACGUAAAUCAAUUAAUAUUCUAAAUAAGGCAAGUAGAUUCAUUUAACUAUUAAAAAUGAUGUAAUCGAUAAAUAAAAUAAGGCUUGACUUUAUGAAUUUAAGUUGUGUACUUCCAAUGAUUUUUACAUUAUAACAUUUCUUUAUCUGUUGACAAAAAGUACCUGACUUGUAUACUUGGGCAAUAAUCUUGCUCAUAUGAAAGUGAAAAGUGACAUUUAUAAUUUAUUUUUUGGGAUGCAAAAAAAGUUUGCAACGUAUGUUUGGCAAUGGGCUCAAAAGACUUGAAUAAAUGUUUCCUUUUAAGAUUUUUCUCUUUAUUAAUAAUGUGAUAGACUGAUGUGAAAAGCACUAAUAAAGCAAUGGUUUUAAGAAAUUCAAACUGUGAUAUAAAUAUCACAGCAGAUAUAAGAGUUAUUUACGGUUAAGACUAAAUUUCACAACCAACGUCUAGUUACGAGUGAUCUUAUUGCUUGUAACUAUUGCCGUACUAGGAAGCAGAUUUUGGUGAUUUGAAUCUGAAAUUUUUAAGCUUACAAGAGUUGUACGAUUUCAAGAUUAAAAUAUUAAUAUUUCAUUAGUCAGUGAUCAUGCAAAUUAAACUGUCAGUUUUGUUCUCUCCAAUAAUAUAAAGAGAUGUGAUAUGAAGUUACACAACACUAUUGUGUCUUUACUCUGGUAAACAUAAUAUAAUCUAAUUCAAAAUAUCUGAAAUUUACGAGUGCACCAAAGUAAAGUUUGUGCUUUAUUAUGUCAAACUCAAAGUUGUAAGCGAAACAGUAGAGAACCCCAAGAAUUGUAAUCAUUGCUCAUGAAUAGAAAACUACAAUUAAAUCUGGGAUGUUUUUGUUUUGACAGUUUUAUACAAUUUAAUGUUAAAAAUAAAUUUCUAUUAGAUGUUUUGUAUUAAUUUUAACUAUAGGUCUAGUGGUUUUGGCGUAGAAGGUUAUUGUUUAAGCUGUAUUUUAUAUGGCUAUCUUUUCGUUUGAACUAAUUUUUAUGAAAACAAUUUCAUUAAAUAAGUAAGCAUAAAAUAGUUGGACAAACAAUAACUAAAAGCUGACUAUCACGUUGAUUAAAAGAGUCGAAUAAUAAAGAGAAUUGAUAGUCCUUUACUACUACAUUAGCAGAUACGUACCUAAUAAUUGUAAAUGUAACAACUGUACUUUUAAACUUGUACAUAUAAUCAUAUGGCCUAUACAAUAUUAGUACUGAUAGUAUGUUGUCAAUAUAAUAAUGAUCAUGUACAGUUUCUUUAUUGAUCAUGCACUUAGGUUUAUUGCAAUUUUUGUGUAUAUUGUAAUUUUUAUGGGAACAUCUGUAUUUCUCAUUUUUAGUUUUUGGGAUAUUUCUUGUUAUUAAAAUUCAGCUCAUCAUUCUACACUAAGCAAAUAUCCAUAUAUGCAAAGGUAAAAUAUAUUGUGUUUUUAAUUAAAUUAAAUUUAAUUGAUACUAAAACUUACAUCUAUAAUUUUAUGUGUUACGACUAAGAACGAUUUUUUUUAUAUAAUUACAACUGUAUAUUCGGAAUUGUGUUUAGUCAAUAACAAUCUUUUGCUGAAAUUCUGUAUUUUACGUAAAUUUACAUUUAUUGUUUUAUCAAUAGGCAGUGAAAAAACCCUCUGUGUUCGAAAGCAACAGCUGUUUCACUCAUAAGUUUGUAUUGUUUUCAUGUUUUACCGUAAUCAUGUUGUUUUGUUUUCUUCUCUGCCAUUACAAAAAUUGUAUCUGUCUGGUUAUUUAGCUUUAAAAGACCCUAUUUUACAAUAAUAGAAACUAGUUAUGCUCCGUUAUCGGUUUUAAGGAAAUUUUAUGAUUAGUACCCCAAUUAUUCAAACUAACUUGAUUAAUUAUUAACUUAGUUAAUUAUUCAAAUUAACUUUGUGAUUCUUGAAAAAAACAAGCAGAGGUUUUCUCUUAACGAUGCACAUUUAACGUAGUUGAAGAUUUAUUCUGGUUAUGUUUAAUAUUUUUUUAACUGUGUCAGAUAAUGUAUCAGCAUAACAAGUUAUUGUUAAGUUCUGUCAAUAAUUAAACAAUAUAAAAUGCAGAGAGUGCUAUACACAAAAGCAUUCUUACUUGCAGCUAGAAUAAUUUGGUGGUGUGUUACUAAACUAUAGACAAACAUGAGUACAUAUUACGGUACGCCCAAGAGGAUACAGCUGGUCAGAUACUGUUAAAUAAUUAAACUAUGAAAGAAUCCAUAAUGGAUCUUUCGAAUUUAAGGAACAAGACUGACGCAGUCUAAUAUUUGGAUCAAUAUAUAGACCUGGUAAAUACUGACACCAUCAUUGCCAAAAAAAUAGAAAACUGUGACAUCCCAGUCUUCAUUUCCGUGUGGUGUUUGUGAUCCAUAUGAGUAGUGAGACGGUUUAAAUUAAAAAAAUUGUUAUCUCUAAAAUCUAUGGUUUUGAUCCAUUUGGAAACGCAACGAAAUUAGGCAUUUAAAUUAAAUUAACCGAUACAGAGGAGUUGACAGAAUAUAACAAACUGAUUUAUCGCACAGACAGAUGGACGAACUGACUGCUUUUUGACCUUUUGACCUCUUGGGUAAGAAUUAAUAUUUCUAACCAUGAAAUUUCAGAGCUUUAUUUCCAGCAAAAAAACUAAAUUGACUUACCAUUACUAAUUCAAGCAGUCCUCAUUGUGUUUUAGAACCAUUACAAUAUUCAAAUCAAUAGUUUUAUACUCGUAUUUCACAAUCUCAUUUAAAACACUGGUUAAUUUACCUAUAUUAUUUAGUCUUUAGAUACUGUAUCUAGUAUCUAUAUCUAGAUACUGUAGAGCUCAUCAUAUUAUUAGGAGUAAGAUAGAUCCAAUAUAGAAACUUGUAUUAUUUUGCUCAGCUGUUUUAAUGUUGUAUUUUAUACUUGACUGAAAUUUGAUGUAUCAAUAUUGUUAUAAUUGUGAUUUAAUUUUCGUCAUUUUCUACCUAAACAAAAACGUUGUUUUCUGUUGUACACUUCUAUAGGUAGCCAAGUUUUGUUUUAUUUUUGUAGCCAAUAAAUGUUUUUAUUAUGUU